AUGGCUGUGUACCGACGCUCCCCAUUCAACCUGACGGAGCUUGCAACUAAAAGGACUUACAGGACCAGGUUGGAGUCCAGCUACCAUGCCUCGGAGCCCAGGCGCAUGGGGAGUGGACUAAGAGCCAUCACAGACUACAAAGGGAGGGGUUGCAGUGAGACCCAGUCCUCUGUCCUACUACCUGACGAGCUGAAUGCCUUCUACACUCGUCUAAAGGACAGUGACCCACCUGAAGUGGAGUUACCUGAUGGACUAGACAGUGAUGUGCCUCUAGCCGAGCAUUGCCGGCAUUGCCUGGCCCAGAUGACAUGUCAAGUGUACUGUGCAAUUGUAAUGAUUGAUUCUGACGAAAACGGAUCGAGCGAGGACACUGGUUACUACUCUGGACGCGGCGUAUUGGCUGGUUCCGAGGCUGACUGUUUCACGCUUUACGAUUGCCUUGCAAAGGGAAGACCAAAAGGACCUGGCACCAAAAUUUACAUUACUCCUUUUGAGCUUUCUCAGGAUUUCUCAAGAAAUAAGGAUCCAACUCCUGAAGAAGUAAAUGGACUCAAGGAUCGCCUUCAAUUUACUGGGAGUAUACCACAAGGCAUUGGAAAUAUUCGUCUACUGGAUGCAAGAAUUAAGGAUAUUGGGAAUUAUUCAUGUCGCUUUGUUCUGUUUGAAGGCAGUCCUGUCAUCAAGUCCAUUCACUUGAAAGUCCAAGCUCGACCUGAGAUCAACAUUCCCACCAUUACACCAUUGGUUGGCACAAGUGAGGCAACUCUUGCAACCUGCAGAGCUGAUAAUGCUCAUCCUCCUGCUGAGGUGUUCUGGAAUGCCAGUUCCCUUAGAAUAUCUGUGAGAUCAAUAACAAACUCUACUGAGAACCCAGAUGGAUCUAUCAAUGUCUCCUGCAGUCUCAUGGGUGUGCCCUCCAGAGACAUCCUCAACAAGGAGGUCCUGUGUUUGGUCAGACACCCAAUGCUGGAAGGACAGAGGACGAUCCCUUACUCUAUCAGCAUCCAUUAUUCUCUUACAGACCCCCCCCAGAUGGCUAAGGUGACUCCUCUCGAGAGUCCCUCUUCCAAGAGUCAAUCUCUAGUGUUUCAGUGUCAAGCUGAUGCCAACCCAAUACCAGUAAAUUAUACAUGGACAAGGAAUGGACUUCCUCUCACCAAUAAUGGAGUUAAAGCAGAUGGUAACAAACUAUCCUUUCAAAAAUUUACAUCCGACAUGAAUGGCCUUUAUGAUUGUGAAGCCUCAAACAUCUAUGGGUCAGCAACAGGUUCAUUGCAGUUUUAUAGUCUUUCAACUUCCAGACAUUAUUUUUUCUUGUUUCCAUUCAUCGUGCUCCUAUGUAUACUUGCAAUUUGCAUAUAUAUAUACUAUAACAGAUCUAAGCGGAAAUAUGUGACUGCAGCAAGGACUUCUCUGGUUUCGAGAAGGCAAAGUGAAGACAUUGAGGUGUCAGAAACAUCAAGUCAAUUACUGCCUGCAGCACAGCAGGGACGUCAGCCUACAGCAAUGACUGCUCCGGGUUCAACAGGGCAAAGUGAAGACACACCACUAGAACCACUGGAGCAGAACCCUCCUGACGCUGAGGAGUCAGGAGAAUUAAGUCAAUUACAGCACACAUCACAAUCACUAAAAGAAUCACAAGAAGGCUCUUCAGAACGGUCUUCCCACUUGACGCAGAAAGAUGCAAGGAGUCUUGGAGAAGAUACGUGAUACGUUUUCUGCAUGGUAACGACACAGGUGUAGCUGUAACAAACUAGGUAGUAGCCUCCAGCUUUGAACAGAAGCCUCCCCAAAAGUGGUAGCAAUUUCUUUCGGCAUCAGGCCACAGACAACACUCCUCGAAGCAAGGGCUCAAUCUACAUAUGUACAUUCUUUGUCUCUGUUUCCCUGUGGAUGUUUAAGGAAAUGUGGCUUUCAUUUUAGUUCUGUUUUAGAGAACAAAUUCUAUGUUUUGUUUGUAGUAAAGAAAGCAUUAAAGCAGCAAUACGGAGUUCUGUUCCAAAACUAGUAAGCUAACUACCUAAAACCAUCGCAUUAUCUGUGCUUUGCGAGUAACGCACCUCCUAGUGGCCUAUACAGUCAGAUUAAAUAUAUAAUGUACCAGGAACCACAACAACCCCUUAAAAGGCCUUCUAAGCUAUUAAGCUUAGCAACAUACCUUUCGACAAACUGGCGGAUAACGUAGACGCAAUGAAGUCUUCAUUUUUUUCUGAGGAAACUGUGCCCAUUGAUAGUAUCAUUAAAACCGAAGCUUCCAAGCCUUUGUUAAGAACGUUAAGUGUGGGCAUAUCCUGGAUGGCUAGUGGGGAAGACACAGGUGUUUAUCUGUCCUUCACAUGACCAUAUGCUAUCAAAAUU